AACAUGAGCCGAGCCGAAGGGCCCAAGGCCCCAAAACCCAAAACAAAAAAACAGAGAGAAGAGAAGGCGGAAAAAAAAAAAAAAAAAAAAUCCUCUCGGCGAUUCCGAUUUCCGAUUCAGAACAGAGGCAAGCGAGAGGCGAGGUAGAGAGAGUGAGAGUUUGAGAGACUUACCGGCGGCAAGAAGAAGGAGGAGGAGCUCUUGUCGUGGGUCUGUCUGUGACGGCAAGGUCAGAGCAGAGUGGAGACUUUCGGAGUGAGCGACUGAGAGAGUAGAAAGGAGAGAGUGAUAGAUCGGGUGAAGAUUUCAACUGAAUAUUACAUAUUUCUUCUUCUAUUGAAUUCCUUUGUGUUCCGAACCUGUUAGAGAAUUCAAAAAGCUUUUACAAAAUGAGUGCAGAAAAAGAAAAAAAGAAAAAAAGGAGGAAAGUCUUGUUGCUGUGACAACCCAUUGCAUGUAUUGGGCCCUUAAAUUGUUCUCCACAGGUCCACUUUGCCCCAACUAAAUCCACUCACUUGAGAAGCGAAGCCUGUGACUAUCUAGUGCAAUAUGUUGGCCAUUGACCAGGGAAUGAACCGAUCACAAGGACUCUCAUCUCUGAAGCGUAAACAGCCUGACUCAAAAUCACCUAUUGAGUCUUUGACAGAACAUGAGCGUAUCCUUUAUAAUCUGAUCCGAAGCAAGCAAGACAUGGCUAUUUGGACAAGAGACAUGAAACGAGAAACAAACAUCCCUGACAAUGUGCUUAACAAAUCCCUCAAAUCACUUCAAGCUAAGAAACUGAUAAAAGAGGUUGUAACCAUCCAAAAUAAAGGCAGAAAACACUAUAUUGCGACAGAGUUUGAACCAUCGAAGGAAAUCACUGGUGGGGCUUGGUAUGUUGAGGGGAGCCUUGAUACAGAGUUUAUAAACUUUUUGAAAAAGCACUGUGUGAAGAUCAUUUAUGAGCAAAAGAUUGUUACGCUGGAGGAAAUUUUGGACACGAUCAGGAGGAGUAGAGCCUUCAAUGUUGAGUUCACAACUCAGCAAAUUGAAGAGAUUGUGAAUGCUUUGGUUUUGGACAAUGAGAUAUUGGAGGUGAAGAGUACUGGAAUGGGGGAGUUUAAUUCUAUUCCUAUUGGGAAAGUUUGUUAUAGAUGCGCAAGCAAAGCAGGCCUUAAAGUGGAACCGAAAAUUGGGGCCAUGGCUUCAAUUCCAUGUGGAGUAUGUCCACAGAUAAGUCUAUGUACACCGGAUGGAAUAAUUUCCCCAACGACCUGUGUAUACUACACUAAAUGGUUGGAUUUCUAAUUUGCUUGUGCAUCACUGCAACGUUUCUGAAUCUAAGAUGGGUUUAUAGAGUUCUUCUCCUUUCCUUUAUCGCCUUUUUGUCUGGGGUAUAGGCUGCAUAAUUAAAUGCUUCACGAUUUUGUCUAUGAAUUCAAGGUAAAAACUAUAUUUGAAUUUUCUAUUACUUUUUGCAUCUC